ACAGAAAUGUAAUCUGAUACACCUCAAACACACAUCUGCUCUUCAGUCUGUAAUCCGAUUUGUAGUCAUGGUUGUUAAUGGAAGUGUUGCGUAGAUUCGUCCCUGAUGACAUGAGCAGCACUUUAAUGGCAGAUCCCAGCGUGUGUGUGUGUCAGGCUUCAGCUAGUUAGCAAACACUGUAACAACCUCGUCAUGAGGGCAAAAUUAUAUUUUUCUAUUGAUGAGCAUUCAAAAGUUGCUGUUUAUUCUACCAUUGAUGUGAGCUCCUGGGAGCCGAGCAUCAGUCGCUGAGAUGAAUGAACGUUAACAGAUAAAGUCUUCAGUCACAGCAGAUAUCUUCUAGAGAUUCUGACCAUGUCAUCAGAGUGUCGUUUUUCCUGACUGAUAUGAGGAAAGCAGGAGCUGGCUAGUGUAUUUGCUGAGCUGUUAAUGAGAUUGAAUGAGCGUGUUGAUCUCCUGUGGGAUCCAUCAUACAGACCAUCACCAAUCCCAGCAUCACAGAUGGACCCUCUUCUGUCUCUGGGGACAAACACUCUCUGUAUUUAAGGCCAGUCUCCAGAUCUGCUCCACACACACUACUAAACCAGUGCAGGUCCAGCGGGUGUAGUAGUACUGUAGUGAUGGAAGCGGGCGUGUGGUUCAUGCUGCUGGGUGUGCUGCUGGUCAUGACUGAUAUGGGCCAGUCCAUCCCCAAAGACAGCAUGCUGGAGCAGAGCAAACUCCUGCUGGAGACACGCGAGGACACAGACAGAGACAACAUGCUGGAGAGUCGAGUGGCCUCUGAGGAGCAGAGGGAUCAUCUUCUGGAGGAUCGUCUUCUGGUAGAAAUGUUGGGCUCUUUACUCCACGGCUCUCAGAGAUACGAACGCAACCCUUCAGUGCUGCACCAACCACAGCGGUUUGGUCGGGGGACUCAGAGCGGCUUGUCCACAGAGGAAAGGAUACAGUCUCGUGACUGGGAGACUGUUCCUGGACAGAUAUGGAGCAUGGCUGUGCCACAAAGAUUCGGCAAAAAAUAACACCACCCAGAGUGAGGUCUUUAGAGUUUUGUAAUAAGUAGAUCUGAAACAUCUAUAAGAAUCUCAUUCUCCAAGGCAGUCAGUCACUCUUCUGCGCAUUUCAUCAAACCCUGUGAUAGUAAUUAUAACACACCAAAACAAUAAUAUUUAAAUGUAGUAAAUAUGUGAAUGAGUGAAAGGAAAUAGACAUAUGAGAGCAGGUUGUGAUUAUUCAUCCACUGUAAAUCCUGUGUGUUGUGUACUGUAUUUUCUGUGUAUAAAUAAAUGAUAAGAGACA